AUGAAAAUCGUUCUCGUUUUGUACUCCGCUGGUAAGCACGCCGCCGAUGAACCAAAGUUGUAUGGUUGUAUCGAAAAUGAAUUGGGUAUUAGACAAUGGCUUGAGAAGGGCGGCCAUGAAUUGGUUACUACAUCAGACAAAGAGGGUGAAAACUCUGAGUUAGAAAAGCACAUUCCUGACGCUGAUGUGAUUAUUUCCACUCCAUUCCAUCCAGCCUACAUCACGAAGGAGAGAAUCCAAAAAGCCAAGAAGCUGAAGUUGUUGGUCGUUGCUGGUGUCGGUUCCGACCACAUUGACUUGGACUACAUUGAACAAAAUGGCCUAGAUAUUUCGGUCCUAGAGGUUACUGGUUCCAACGUUGUUUCAGUGGCUGAGCAUGUCGUUAUGACUAUAUUGAACUUGGUGAGAAACUUUGUUCCAGCUCACGAGCAAAUUGUUAACCACGGCUGGGACGUUGCUGCCAUCGCCAAGGACGCCUACGAUAUCGAAGGUAAGACCAUCGCAACAAUUGGUGCUGGAAGAAUUGGUUACAGAGUCUUAGAGAGACUUGUGGCUUUCAACCCUAAGGAAUUGUUGUACUACGACUACCAAGGUCUUCCAAAAGAGGCCGAGGAAAAAGUUGGUGCCAGAAGAGUCGACACUGUCGAGGAGCUGGUUGCUCAAGCCGAUGUUGUUACCGUCAAUGCCCCACUGCACGCAGGUACUAAGGGUUUAGUUAACAAGGAGCUUCUGUCCAAGUUCAAGAAGGGUGCUUGGUUGGUUAACACAGCCAGAGGUGCCAUCUGCAAUGCUCAAGAUGUCGCUGAUGCCGUUGCAUCUGGUCAAUUGAGAGGUUACGGUGGUGACGUCUGGUUCCCUCAGCCAGCUCCAAAGGACCAUCCAUGGAGAGAUAUGAGAAACAAGUACGGAUACGGAAACGCCAUGACUCCUCAUUACUCAGGUACCACUUUGGACGCCCAGGUCAGAUAUGCCGAAGGUACCAAGAACAUCUUGAACUCAUUCCUUACCAAGAAGUUUGACUACAGACCUCAAGAUGUCAUUCUUUUGAACGGUAAGUACAAGACCAAGGCUUAUGGUAAUGACAAAAAGGUCGCAUAA